GUUUUCGUUCUCGUGCAAGUGUAAACAAGCUUGAGGUUUUCCUUCCCGCGAGGAUGUCCUGUCACGACGCGCUAAUAAGCAUUGUUAUGCGUCGCCUUCGCUGCGGAUUGUGUGACUGAUUACAUCAUGGCCGCUUUGUGCGCCAAGGGGGCUUGAAUAUCCAGUCGGGCCGUGAGCGGCGUUCGCUCCAGCCGAGCGACUGUCAGCCGUGAAUAAAUGUGGCGUAAUUAAACGGGAAAGAGGAUCUGGACAUGGUCCCUGGGUGAAAAUCCUUCUUCUCAGUGUGAUGUGAUAGCAAUUACCUGGUCAAAGAAGCAAUUUUGACCUCCGCUGCCAGUGGCCAUUUUCUUUAUCGACUCACUUAAAGCAAUUUAGGAGUAAAUAUUCUGCCACUCCGCUUUGGGAAAAUAGCUUCUAGAAAUGAAAUGAAGACUUUGAGAAAAUUGGGAGAAGAUUUGUCCUUACGUGGGUAUUGAAACUGUGCUGUUGCGUGACAUCUGUGCCAUAGAAAAUGCGUACAGUAAUUGGUUGACAAGGGCGGCAUUAUACUUUGAAUGUCACGCACCCCUCCCAGCAUCAGUGACGGUCACAUGUCUCGGGGUCAUGAUCGUGUUGAUUUCUUUUACUUAGCCGGCUUUUCAAAACAUCCACAAAACUGCAUGAUCGAUCGCUCUCAGGCUUUUUUAAAUAAUCAAUACUCUGUUCCUCUCUUGUACUUUUCCCCCCCAAUCACAUGAAAGCUAUAAAUCUAUAUAUGGUCUGCAUAUUUUGCAAAUUUCCACCCAUUAUAGCUAGAUCUGGAAAGUUCCCUCUCAUCGAAUGUAGUCACUCCUCGGGUCAGGUGGAAAAGGUCGAGCGCAAGCCAAUCAGGAGCCGGCGGUGGCGGAGCUUAGUAGGAAGCUGCGCAGGGGUGCAUUUUGAUGAGCAAGUUAAACUUAGACCAGACAGCGCUAAGGUUGCACGGCGGAAAUAAUCCGCCGCUCCACUCAGACAUCGGAUGGAUUUGUUUAUUUUGGUUUUUGGAUUUUUUUUGACAUGCACAUUUUAUCACUUUGCUGUGUCACCAGGUGGCUCAAUGGCCCGAAGAGGAAGAGGAAGAACAGUCAAUGUUCGGUUAAGAGUAUGACGGGGUACAUCCCCAGCUACCUGGAGAAGGAUGAGCCAUGCGUGGUGUGCGCCGACAAAGCCACAGGCUACCACUACCGCUGCAUUACCUGCGAGGGCUGCAAGGGUUUCUUCCGCAGAACCAUCCAGAAGAACUUGCACCCCGCCUACUCGUGCAAGUAUGAAGGCUGCUGCAUCAUCGACAAGAUCACUCGCAACCAGUGUCAGCUGUGUCGCUUCAAGAAGUGCAUCGCUGUGGGCAUGGCCAUGGACCUGGUGCUGGACGACUCCAAGAGGGUGGCCAAGCGGCGUCUGAUCGAGGAAAACCGGGAGCGCCGCAAGAAGGAGGAGAUGGUCAAGACGCUGCAGAACCGGCCCGAGCCCAGCGGCUCCGAGUGGGAGCUGAUCCACAUGGUGACCGAGGCCCACCGGCACACCAACGCUCAGGGCGCCCAGUGGAAGCAGAAGCGCAAAUUCCUGCCGGACAAAAUCGGCCAGUCGCCGGUGGCGCCCACGUCGGACGGCGACAAGGUGGACCUGGAGGCCUUCGGCGAGUUCACCAAGAUCAUCACCCCCGCCAUCACGCGAGUGGUGGACUUUGCCAAAAAACUGCACAUGUUCUCCGAGCUGCCCUGCGAGGACCAGAUCAUCCUGCUGAAGGGCUGCUGCAUGGAGAUCAUGUCGCUGCGGGCGGCCAUGCGCUACGACCCCGAGAGCGAGACGCUGACGCUGAGCGGCGAGAUGGCGGUCAAGCGCGAGCAGCUCAAGAACGGCGGGCUGGGCGUGGUGUCGGACGCCAUCUUCGACCUGGGCAAGAGUCUGGCGCAGUUCAACCUGGACGACAGCGAGGUGGCGCUGCUGCAGGCCGUCCUGCUCAUGAGCUCAGACCGCUCAGGCCUGACGUGCGUGGACAAGAUCGACAAGUGCCAGGAGACCUACCUGCUGGCCUUCGAGCACUACAUCAACUACCGCAAGCACAACAUUCCUCACUUCUGGCCAAAGCUGCUGAUGAAGGUGACCGACCUGCGCAUGAUCGGCGCCUGCCACGCCAGCCGCUUCCUGCACAUGAAGGUGGAGUGUCCCAACGAGCUCUUCCCGCCGCUUUUCCUGGAGGUCUUCGAGGACCAGGAGGUGUGACGGAAACGUUGAGCCCCAGGGGGGAGAAAGAAAAAAAAAAAGCUUUCUGAACUGGAAAAAGGAAGUGGAGCAAAAGAGGAAAUCCAGCGGUGGCGCUGGCCCUUCUGUCUGAGCAUGCUGUCUGGAUUGACGCCAACACACAAACACACCACCCGCGGGAACGCCGGCCGUGGCUCCUCACAGUAUUACGCUCAUAGUUCUCCGUUGCGUCCUCACCGGACGCCAAGUCCUCAAUUCCUCCAGUCAAUCUGAGCCGUUACAGUCCAUCCCAAGCGACACGGGUGCUAACCUUCUUCAGACUACUCCCUUUUUUGUUGUUGUUGUUGUUUGUUGAUCAUGGCUCCAUAUCGAACUUUUUGUUUUUUUUGUAAUCGGACCGGCGCCUGUGACACACGCAAACACACGCAUAGCCUCACCUCAGAGUAACGUGAAUGCCUCAUUGGCUGCCUUGCAAGGUGGCUGUUUUUGAUUUUCUUUUUUUCUUUCUUCUGUUGGGGCCCUCACCUGCGGGGCCUUUACUGAGUCCUCCUCUAGACUUCCAUACACAUUUGCCUUUUUGUUUCUAUUUCUUUUUUUUUUCUUCUUCAUAAACACAAACGUUAAGCGCAGGCAAAACACGCCAAGAACAUGGCGAGCAUUUACCUCAGAAGUGGACUCAUACCCCCACUGGUUCUGGGCACUACCUCACCUCAAUAUACAUACACACACCUCAGUGAUAUCGGUUGCAAAGAAAUGCCACUGAAGAAGACGAGAGGGCCCGCCAUCUUACUGGAAGACGGAGACAUUUGGAUUUUUUUUUUUUUCUACAACCCCCGGAGAAAAUGCGGGACCAAGAGUUGUCUCUUUGAGAUUUUGAAUCCACAUGGAACACACACGUAUACACACACAUCCAAGAAGCAGUCUUAAAGGAGAGCUUGGACGCCACACAGAAGAGCGUGAACCAGGGAGUGUCUGUUCCAAUCGGGAAGCUACAAAACGUCCAACUUGUGACUCGGACGCUGGGAAACGAACAGGAGCGCCGCCACCCCAAGUACCCCCCCAUCACCACAGACUCCAUCCUCCCCCCCCACCGACCCCACUCAGGCUGUUGCGUUGUUGUUUUUGCACUACUCACAACUGGUGCAAGUAAAAAAAAAACAAAGAGCGGCCUCUGUGCGACGGAGGCGGCGGGCUCAGCCCAAGACUCGCAACUGUCAGUAUUAGCGACCAGGUCCAUCCACCGAACGAGGGUGAGGAGGGGGCGCCACGCCACCUUUUGUGGAGCUGGGAAGGAGGGACCCUCCUUGUGAGACAAGGCAGUUAUGAGGGUCCGUUCCGACGCCCUCAAUGUUGGGAUUUAAAAAAAAAAAAAA